UUCCAGGGCAGGGCAGAGCCUGUCUUCGCCGUCACCAUAGCGUUGAUGGCCGUCUGCACCAUCGUCGUCUUCUUCCGCAUGCUCUCCCGAUUCGCGAUUGUGAAAAAGGUGUCUCUGGAAGACUACUUCAUUGUCGCAGCAUGGGCGAUCGCAUUCGGACUGUCCUUUGCAAUAUGUUGGGGAACCGCCUAUGGACUCGGGCGACACGAGACGGAUAUUCCCUUUGAAUGGCAACCUCAACUUCGGCGCGCGAACUAUGCGUUCAGUAUAUUAUACCAACCGGCUCUCAUGGCGACCAAGACGUCUAUCCUGAUCUUCUACCUCACCUUCUCCGUCGCCAACGACAUUUUCCGCUGGGGAUGCCUCACGACCCUCUUCGUCGUCAACGGGGGAGGCUUCGCUUUGACCAUGGUCACCGUCUUCCAGUGCACGCCCGUCGGCGCCGUCUUCCAAGCCGUGACACCCGACAACGCGACCUGCACCAACAUCCUGACAAUCUACCUCUCCUCCGUCCCGCUCAACCUCAUCACCGACCUGGCCAUCUUCUUCCUCCCCAUGCCCAUCUUGACGAGCAUGCGCUUGCCGAAAAAACAGAAGAUUAUCCUGGUCAUCACCUUUGGAUUCGGAAUCUUCGUGGCCGUGGUGGAUGUCGUGCGUAUAUCAUACUUGCAAUCAGCGUCGGAGAUGCGCCUGGCGGAACUUCAGGACAUGACGGUCGGGAGUGGAGAACUCACGAGUGCGAUUGCCACGGACUCGUCGUUUUAUCUCGCGUUCUCGUUCAUGUGGAGCGCGAUUGAGGUCACGAUUGGAAUUAUGGUUGCGUGUGUACCCGGGUUGAAACCGCUUGUUGCAAGAGUUGCGCCGAGGAUGUUGAGGGAUGAGCAUGAUGUUGACUCGACGUUUGGCUCGUUUGCGAUGGUCAUUCCGGAGAAGGAACAGACUGUGCCUGAGAUCCCGGACGUUGCUCAUGAUCAGAGUUUGGGUAAAGCGCCUGUGGAAGAGGACGCGGAGCAUGGAGAGAUGGAUAUUAUGGAAUUUCUCAGCGGGAGGCGAGACUUUGCGCAGCCGACAUCUAAGCCGUAUGAGGAGGUUGAUACCCCGGACAUGGGCUUGGACUUUCUCACGACUCCGGAGAUGGCUCAUGGACUGGAACGAUCGCAGACGGCCUUGACGAAUACCACUCGGAAUACCGCCCCUCAGUCGCCGACCUUUUUCGAUUUUGUCAACAUGAAGCAACGCAAGAGUCUGGUUCACCUCACUCAUCGGGAGUCGCUGUUUCCGAUCGCUGUUGUUACCGUCCUCUUCUUCGUGUGGGGCUUUGAAUAUGGCCUUUUGGACCAGCUAAAUGCCCAAUUUCAAAACGUUGCCAACGUCUCUGCAGGCCAGGCCGUCGGUCUCCGCAGCGCAUACUACGCUGGCUACUUCGUCGGACCUCUCACCCUAGGCCGCCUCGUGCUCUACAACUGGGGCUUCAAAGCCUGCUUCCCUAUCGGCCUGUGCAUAUACGCUUCCGGGUGCUUGAUAUACUGGCCGGCGGCGGUCCUUACCUCCUGGCCCACGUUCCUCGUCACCAACUUCAUCGUCGGCUUCGGCCUGUCUAUGCUGGAAGUCUCCGCCAACGCCUUCAUCGUCCUCUGCGGUCCCGCCUCCCACGCUGAAAUCCGCCUCAACAUCUCCCAAGGCAUCCAAGCGGUCGGCAGCAUCGUCGCACCCCUCAUCGCCGACAAAGCCUUCCUCCAUCGAUCCCAGACCAACGCUCCAUCCCUCGUCAACACUCAAUGGGCAUACCUCGGUCUCUCCCUCACCACCGUCAUCCUCGCGGUGAUAUACUUCUACCUCCCUCUCCCCGAAGCCACCUCCGCCGAACUGGAAGACGCCGCCGAAACUCUUCACAACACCAAUAAAUCCACCCUCCACCUCCCCUUCCUCCCACAAAAGUUCCUCCCACAAAAGUACAACCCCGUUCCCAUCACAGCCGCUGUCCUCGCCGCCGGCGUCGUCCUCCAAUUCCUCUACGUCGGCGCGCAGGAAGUCAACGGCUCGCAAUUCGCCGAAUACCUCAACGCCAUCGCUCCCAACCGGUCUCCCACCGACUUUGCCGCUAUCGCACAUUCCGCGUUCGCGCUUUCCCGAUUCCUGGCCGCGGCGAUGGGACUCGUCGUCAAACCAAGACUACUUCUGGUCAUCUUCCUCUCCGGCGUCAUCGUCUGCACAGCUCUCUGCACGAGAUUGACAGGCGGCGCGGGUACGGCGAUGAUGGUUCUGGUCUUCUUCUUCGAGGGACCACUCUUCAGUUUGAUAUUUGCGCAGAGCUUACGCGGUCAGGGACGGAAUACGAAAUUCGCGAGUGUGGUUCUCACGGCGGCGAUCUCGGGUGGAGCGGUUUUCAGUCCCGUUGCUACGGUGAUUGCGGAGGCUGGACAGGGGAAUGAGAGGGUUCCGUUGAGUCUGGUCGUGGCUGCGGCGGCGUUUGCGGCGGCUUGGUUGGUGGUUGUGGGAGGGAAUUUCAAUGGAAGAGUUCGAAAAUUGGUUGAUCCUGUU